AUGGCCUCCAAGAAGCAAACCUACCUGCAUAACUUCUUUGGUGGUGCGCCCACCGAAAAGCGGAAGCCCGUGAAGAUGAUCCAACCGAUCAAGAAGCGGGCUCGUGUGAUGCCCGUCGAUCUUGAUCUGGUCGUUGAGCGACUCAUUGCCCAUCUGCGCGAUCUGUCCUGGCGGGGCGUGCUGGCCAACAAGUUCAAGGAGGGCUACUUCGUUGAACUGGCCAAGUUCCUGGAGCAGGAGCGCAAGGAGUCGUUGAUCUUCCCGCUGCCGAAGCAUGUCUUCGGUCAACUCGAGCUGUGUCCGUUCGAUGACAUCAAGGUGGCACACGGCCUCUCCUUCUCGGUGCCCUUGGGGGUCGCGGUUCCGCCAUCACUGGAGAACAUCUUCAAGGAGCUCACGGAUGAUCCCGACGUGGAUUUCAACAGGCCCGAUCACGGCAAUCUGGAGAAAUGGGCGAGGCAGGGAGUGCUGCUCCUGAACUCAGUGCUCAUGGUCGAGGCCCGCCAACCUGGAUCACACGCGGAUCGCGGAUGGGAGCGCUUCACCGACGCCAUCAUCAAGGCCAUCAUCGAUGAACAUGAGGGCGUCGUCUUCAUGCUGUGGGGGCGAUACGCGCAGAACAAGGGAGACAUCAUUGACGACAGGAAACACCACGUGCUCACCUCGGCCCAUCUGUCGCUGUACUCUACGCAUGGAUUCUUUGGCAAGCGCCACUUCUCCAACGCCAACCAACUGCUCGGGAGUCGUAGGAUUGACUGGAAAUUGGACCCCAAGGAUGUUGAGCGUGAGAACCAGAGGAAAUGGCGCAUUGUUGUUUCUUCUUCAAACACAUACAUGGACGGGCUACCAGACGAGCUGCUGCUCAUGAUCUUUCGUGCCAUGCGGAUGGACUGUGUGGAUGCGCAGAGACUGAAGCGCGUGUGCACGCGCUGGAGAUCCGUGAUGAAUGAGUUAGAGUCAGCCACAUGUCCGACCGCGGAUGCUGCCAUCGAGCACAAUCAUCCGGAUUGCAUGAUGCGAACACGAAGCCAGGAGCGGAACGGCCUCCGGCUGUGUUCUUACGUGGCCAUACGCGUUGGCGCAAUGGCGUGUCUCGAGCGGUUGCGCAAGGCGGGUUUCAAGUUCGACCAGGGAUCGUGCGCGCUGGCAGCACGUUGUGGAUCCUUGCGCGUGCUCGCAUGGCUCCGCGACAAUGACUGUCCGUGGGAUUCGUCUACAUGCACGGGAGCCAUCGACGCCGGCCGCCUUGACAUUUACGACUGGGCCCGUGCACGCAAGUGCGCCGUAACGCUGAAUUGCUCGAUGCUCGCCAACGCUCUCAGAGAGGAUCAGUAA